AUGCACCGCCAGCUGCGUCCGACAUGGCUCGCGCUGGCAGCGAGUCCCGCCGCCUCCAGAUCCUACGCCUCCGCUCCCUCCGACUCACAGGGUGAGCUCCAGAAGACGCCGCUCUACGACCUCCACCUCGCCCAUGGCGGCAAGAUGGUCCCCUUCGGCGGCUUUCACAUGCCCGUGCAGUACUCGUCACUGUCCGUCAGCGCCUCCCACAACUUCACCCGCGAGAAGGCCUCCCUCUUCGAUGUCAGCCACAUGGUCCAGCGCAUCUUCCGCGGAGACGGCGCCGCGGACUUCCUGCAGAAGGUCACUCCGUCCGACGCCAAGGGCCUAGGUCAGCACCGCAGCACGCUGAGCACACUCCUUCACCCCAAGACGGGAGGAAUCGUGGACGAUACAAUCAUCACCAAGCUGGCCGAUGACACGUUCUACGUGGUCACGAACGCGGCGUGCAGGGAGAAGGACGAUGCGUACUUCGAGAAGGAGCUUAGCGGUGUGGACAAUGUGACCCACGAGAAGCUCGAGGGCUGGGGCCUGGUCGCGCUCCAGGGCCCAUUGAGCGCUGAGAUCCUGAACGAAAUCCUCGCUGAGCCUGACAAGGUGGACCUGAAGCAGCUGUACUUUGGUUCCUCGAUUUACGGGAUGGCCAAGCUUCAAGACAACAAGCUGUCUAGCCCUAUUUUAAUCAGCAGAGGUGGGUACACUGGCGAGGAUGGCUUCGAGAUUUCCAUCCGGCCGGAGGAGGCCGUUGCCGUGACCGAGGCCCUUCUGGCUGCGGGGCCGGAGAAACUACAGUUCGCCGGACUGGGAGCUCGUGACAGCUUGAGACUGGAGGCAGGCAUGUGCUUGUACGGCCAUGACCUGGAUGACACAACGACGCCCGUCGAGGCUGCUCUGAGCUGGGUUAUUCCCAAGGAGAGGAGGACGAGCGGAGGCUUCCACGGUGCUGAAGUCAUCACGAAGCAGCUCGUACCCAAGACCAAGGGUGGUCUUGGCGUUGAGCGCAGGCGCAUUGGUCUUGUUGUCGAAGGAGCACCGGCCAGAGAGGGCGCCGAGAUUGUGAGCAAGGAGGGCGAGAAGAUUGGUACCGUAACGAGUGGGUGCCCGAGCCCGACGCUGGGCAAGAACAUUGCCAUGGGAUAUAUCAAAGAUGGUUUCCACAAGUCAGGCACUGAGGUGGACGUUGUUGUUCGGGGCCGCAACAGGAAAGCCACUGUGACAAAGAUGCCGUUUGUGCCGACAAAGUACUGGAAAGGCGCCGCGCCUGCGUAG